CAAAAAUUGUGGGCUCUGGCUUAACACGAGUUUUCUAGUUGAAAAAGUAUUAUUUUAAAUAAUGGCUAUUAGUUUGUUAAAUCCCAAAGCUGAAGUUGCUAGAGCUGCACAAGCCCUAGCCGUUAAUAUAUCAGCUGCAAAAGGUAUUCAAGAUGUAAUGAAAUCAAACCUAGGUCCCAAAGGAACGGUAAAAAUGUUGGUAUCUGGUGCCGGCGAUAUAAAAAUAACCAAAGAUGGAAAUGUUCUAUUGCACGAAAUGCAAAUUCAACACCCCACUGCCUCCCUUAUUGCUCGAGCCUCAACUGCCCAAGAUGAUAUGACUGGCGAUGGCACAACAUCUACAGUUUUAGUCAUAGGUGAACUAUUAAAACAAGCAGAUAUUUUCAUAGCUGAAGGUCUUCAUCCUAGAUUGUUAACAGAAGGCUUUGAUAAGGCUAGGGCAAAAGCUUUGGAACUGCUGGAUAAGAUGAAGAUUCCAAUUGAUGCAAACAAAGAAACUUUGACAGAUAUUUGCAGGACAAGUUUAAGAACAAAGCUACAUCAAAAACUUGCUGAUGUUUUGACAGAUGUUUGUGUGGAUGCUGUUCUAGCUAUAAAGAAAGAUGAUAAACCUGUUGAUCUUCAUAUGGUUGAAUUAAUGGAAAUGCAACACAAAACAGAAACUGAUACUCAGUUAAUUAAGGGUUUGGUCCUAGACCAUGGCUCCCGUCAUCCAGAUAUGCCUAAAAGUCUCAACAACUGCUACAUUUUAACAUGUAAUGUCAGCAUGGAGUAUGAAAAAAGUGAAGUCAAUUCAGGAUUCUUCUACAAAACUGCAGAAGAGAGGGAGAAAUUAGUGACUGCUGAGCGUGAAUUCAUUGAACAGAGAGUUAAGAAAGUCAUUGAAUUGAAAAGGUCACUCUGUAAUGGAACUGAUAAGACUUUUGUCGUUAUUAACCAAAAAGGUAUUGACCCCAUGAGCCUGGAUAUGCUUGCCAAAGAAGGAAUCAUAGCUCUUAGAAGAGCUAAGAGACGUAACAUGGAACGUCUAUCAUUGGCUUGUGGUGGAGUAGCUAUGAACAGUUUUGAUGAUCUGCAAGAAUCUCAACUUGGUAGAGCUGGACAUGUUUACGAACAUGUGUUGGGAGAAAAUAAGUAUACAUUUGUGGAAGAUUGCAAAAUUCCUCAAUCGGUUACCAUUUUAAUGAAAGGACCCAAUAAACAUACUUUGACUCAGAUUAAAGAUGCUGUUAGAGAUGGAUUAAGGGCUAUCAAUAAUGCCAUUGAUGACAAAGCAGUUAUUCCAGGUGCUGGUGCAUUUGAAGUUACAGCCAAUAAAGAAUUGCUAGCAUUUAAAGACACUGUUAAAGGUAAAGCUCGUCUAGGAGUUGCUGCUUAUGCAGAAGCUUUACUGGUACUACCUAAGACUUUGGCUGUUAACUCUGGAUUUGAUGCACAGGACACAAUUGUAAAACUACAAGAAGAAUCCCGUUUGAAUCCAGACCCAAUUGGUUUAGAUUUAACCUCUGGAGAACCGAUCAAUCCUAAAGAUGCUGGCAUCUAUGACAACUAUAUUGUUAAAAAACAAAUAAUCAAUUCCUGCUCGGUCAUUGCCAGCAACCUCUUAUUGGUUGAUGAAAUUAUGAGGGCUGGAAUGAGCAGCUUAAAGGGAUAAAAUCGAAGUAUUUAAAAUUUGAAUCUGUAUUUUUCUGCUUGUUAUAAUUUAUCAUUGCGUUAUGUAUUUUCUUAACCUCUGAAAGGUUGCUACUUAACUUUUAAUGGACCUAUACAUAAUGCUAAACAUUUAUAACAUUCACAUGUAACAACUCUUAUAUUUAUAAUAUUUGCAAUAAUAAAAUGUCAAAACUA